CAGCGCCCAGUGCCCGGACAGCCUGCAGAAGGCACACACGCCCACACCCACCACGCCCGGCCGCACCCCUGCCCAGCAUGUCGGCGCUUGAGUGGUACGCCCAUAAGUCUCUGGGCGAUGGCAUCUUCUGGAUUCAAGAACGCUUCUACGAGUCGGGCAACCGCGCCAACAUCUGGCUGGUGCGCGGCUCCGAGCAGGACGUGGUGAUUGAUACGGGCCUGGGGCUGCGCAGCCUCCCAGAGUACCUGUACUCCUCUGGCCUUUUGCAGGACUGCGGGGCCAAAGAGGAUGCGGCACACCGCCCGCUGCUGGCCGUUGCUACUCACGUGCACUUCGACCACUCCGGCGGCCUUUACCAGUUCGACCGGGUGGCUGUGCACCACGCCGAGGCCGAGGCGCUGGCUCGCGGGGACAACUUUGAGACUGUGACCUGGCUGUCGGACAGCGAGGUGGUGCGGGCGCCCAGCCCCGGCUGGAGGGCCAGACAGUUCCGAGUGCAGGCGGUGCAGCCCACCGUCAUCCUGCAGGAUGGGGAUGUGAUCAACCUCGGUGACAGACAACUCACUGUUAUGCACAUGCCAGGUCACUCCAGGGGCAGUAUUUGCUUACAUGACAAAGACCGAAAGAUUCUCUUCAGUGGAGAUGUCGUGUAUGAUGGAUCACUGAUUGACUGGCUUCCUUACAGCAGGAUAAGUGACUAUGUUGGAACCUGUGAACGUCUGAUAGAAUUAGUGGACAGAGGUCUGGUAGAGAAGGUGCUUCCUGGGCACUUCAAUACCUUCGGUGCUGAAAGGCUUUUUCGAUUGGCUUCUAACUAUAUUUCAAAAGCUGGGAUAUGUCACAAAGUUUCUACUUUUGCCAUGCGAUCUCUUGCUAGUUUAGCCCUACGUGUAACAAAUUCUAGGACCUCACCCUAGUAUCUGUACUGAUCACCUAUUUUGAUUAAUUAUAUAAAUAAAUCCAAUUCAUUUUGUCUUGUUUAAAAUGAUGAAUAGUGAGCAUUUCAAGAAGUGCUUUUAUACCAUUAUUGUAUAUUAGAAAAAAAGAGAUUGAAAAUGAAUAAGCCAAAAUCAGAAGUUUUAGUUAAAAUUUUUUUCUUUCUUCAAAGUAAGAAACGACUUAAAUAAGCUUAUAAUUUGCCAAAGCUGUCAUGUCAUAAUAUUUGCUCUAUAAAUGACAUAGAAGUAUUUGAGGAAGCAAGGAGGCAUUUUGCAGCAAGAGAAAAAACUGUCCUUGCCUCCUAUUUAUCUUAUUUUAUUUCCUCCAAACGUGAUAAUUUUAAUAUGUUAUUUAAAGAUAAAGAUUCUUGUGUUUAAAAUACCUUAAAACUCAAUACAAACAUGUAUACUAACAUCUAGAAUGACAGUAAAAUUUUCCAUUGUUAUGGUCCUGAAUUUUUUAUGUUUUGUUGUAUUUAUGUAUUCUUUGCAAAAUUAUAACAUACAUAAAUGUUGUGUAAUUUAACUUAUAGAAAGUACAAUGAAUUUUGUUGUAUUGCAAAGCUUUAAAUAUAAGUUGCAGAGUGCUUCAGUAAAAAGCUACUAUAUAUUGUUUGUUAUGUAAGUAAUAUUUUCAAUCAUAAAAGUGAAAUUCAAAUAUCUGUAAUCUAACUGCAAAUUGUCAGAUUUCUCAAAAGGACACUGUCAGGCAAACUUGAAAAUAUACACCUUGAGAAUAAUUUUUUUAUUAUAUACUAUUUUAAUAUUAACAGCUAUUAUAAACAAUUUUUCUUGUUAAAUAGCAACUUCAGUAUUGUGUCAUGUUUUACAUUAUCACAACUAUAGAGAGCUACAGAAUUCUGACAUAAAUCAUUCUUUUAUUUACCAUACCAUACAUAUAUACCAUAGGAAGAUUUUCAAAUUAGUUGCAAAAUGUGCUUUACAUAUUGACUUAGAUUGAAUUGCCUUUUUUAUCCUGAUUCACAACACCUAUUCCUGUUCAGUAUUCUCUGUCUUAAAUGAAAAGAAGUCUACAUUUGUAAAGUCAUAGGAAAGAUUAUACCACUAUUUGGUAAAAUGUUUUGGUUUGGUGCUCUUAAUAAUUUAUUAGAAAGCCCUUUGUAAUAUUUCUUAAACAUUUCUUAAAUCAUUUUUCCACUGCCUUUUUAUUAUUGACAUGUCUAAAACUAAACUGAGAUAGCUUUGGAAAUCAUAUUUUUUUAAUAUUAGGAAGGUCCAGCAAUUUUGAUUUCUGAAAAAUUAUGAAACUUUUUCUACCCUGCAGACAUCCAGGUUCUUUAUUUUUUUAUUCAUUUAACAUACCCCCCCCCCCCCACAUGCAUACAUACAUAGUCAUAUGCAUACAUGCACAGCACUGCACUAAACACUGUGGAGGCUUAAAAAGUCAAAGAGAUAUUAUGGCUGGAAGUGGAAGGCACAAUUUCAAAAAUAUGAAUAAUAAUAUAUAUGCAAGUUGAAGUUAAUAUAAAUUAUGCAUGAAUGUAAAGGAUAUAAAUGGAGAGGUGUGAAGUUUGGUUAGGAAAAGUUUCCUGGAGGAGGGGUUUUUGAGUAAGAUUUGGAAGGAUGACUAGUUAGGUGGUCACGGUAGGACACAUUGCUGUCUAGAGUAGUCUAUUCCUUGUGAAAAUAUAAAUUUAAUUUUCAGUAAUCCUAUAUCUUCAAAACACCAUGUAUUUAGCAAGAGAAAUAUGGAUUUGUGAUUGUGUAUAUGAAUCAUCCUUAUUGACAGGCAAACUGAACUUCCACAUGCCUCCAAAUCAACCUUUACUUAGAAUCCUAAAGGAGGCCAUGAUUAGUUCAAAUACAGAAGAUUGUGAAAGUUUCUCUAUGAUGGUCAUUCAAGGCAGUAAGUCUGUUUCAACUGAUAGUGCAACAUCAAGAAUAUAGAUUUGGUUCAGGGCAACUACAAUCACUUAGUGAGCCUUAAAUAUAGCCAUUAUUUUUAUAUCAAUAGCACAAAAGAAAACCAAAAGUCCUUAACCACUGACCAUUUUAUCAUACUGUAGGCCUUUUUUUAAAAAAAUCAGGGUAUAGUAGGCAGUAGGUUUUAGUAGGAAAUAUUAAACUUAAUGAAGGAUUUCCUUAUUUAUUAAAAGUGUAAUUUUUCAAAACACAUUGAUAUUAUUUUUUUAUUUCCCAAUUUUUUUUCAAUUUUUCAAAUCGUACCACAAUAUAAGACUGUGAUAUUUUACUAUUGCUUUAAUGAGAAUGAAUUGGGGAAAGGAUAUCAUUCAUUGAGUGCCCAUACUGUACAUUUUACAUAUACAUUAUUUAAUUUAAUCCUGGCCUCGGCACCAAGAGGUAAUUGACCAGCCUCACACAACCCAACUUUAGACAAAGCUGGUAAUGGAACACAGGUCUGUCUGCCCCCAGACUGUGCUCUUUCUCUUAUGCCUGCACAAUGACAUAAAAUUGGCAAAGUAUAUUUUUGCUUUUCAAGAUGCCACAUGUGCCAAGAAUAAAUCAAAUUAUGUUAAAGCAUAAUAAUUACGUAUCUUUUAAGAGAUUUUAAAAUCUAUAUUUUCACCCUGACAGUGACCCUUGUUGUAAUUUAUGAUUUUCGGAAAUAUUAGUAUGUAAGUAUAAUUUAAAGUUGUCAAAAUGUAAGACAUUUAGAAAUAAUUUUUAUUAUUUAUAUUGUUAAUACUUAAUCUUUGGUAAUUCGUUUUCCUUGUUUGAUGUUUCCUUUUAACUGAGAAGCCUAAAGCAAACAAAAAUCUUGUGUAUUAUCCUGAUAUAGUUGAAUAAAUAAUUAUGUGAUUAUGUGUAUUUGUCCCUAUAUGGAUAGUAAUAUGAAUAUGACAUGCACAAAUUGUCCUCUUAUAAUUUUCAGAUAAGUGUAAGUAAACAUUUAUGUAAUAACUAUUAAAGUGGACAUUUUAUUUCAAUCUA